GUUGCUGCUAAUCAGGUUGAAUAAAGCCAAGGCCAUUCUCAGUGAAGGGCCUAAGGAACUGGGAGAGAACAGAACUAGGAGAGAUGACUUAAACUGGCCAAAGGGAUAUUUCAUAUCAUAUGACAUCAUGUAUUUGAAGGGGGUGGGAGUUGAUCUCACUCUCUUCUUCUACCUGGGAACCAGCUGGGGCUGGUGAGCAAUUGCUUGUGCAUCACUUGUUAAAUACAUUCAUAUGUAUAAAUAUUUGUCAUAAUUAUUAUCCUUUUCUCUAUCUUAGUAAAUAAUUCUAUCUCAGUCCACGAGUUCUAACUUCCAGUGGGUGCUCAGCCAUCUGGGGCUUAAACCACAACACUAAUUCCCUUUUUCCCUUUUGUUGCUGGUAACAGGAAGCAGCCUGAAAUGAAAGACAGCAAGGCUGGUUGAGGAGAUAACAUUUUUCAUGAGACCAACAGAUAAAACUGGGGAAAAAAAAAAAAAGCACACGAGUAAGCUAAAAGAGAAGCUGACAAAGAAAUCUUCGUGUGCCCCAAAGCCCACAUGGUUUUAUCCAUCUGUACCAGCAGAGAUUCAGGACUGAUUUUAUUUACCCUGCACAAAUUACUUAGUGCCUGGAGACUGCAUUGGCAAUGAAGAAAAUAACAUCACCUUGCUUGUAUGGCCAGCACCCUGCUCUGACGCUGCCAGGCACAACAGUGGGAUAGGUGAGAUGGUUUGGGACAUACAUCACUAAAAGAGCAGCAUGCAGAUGCUAACAAGCAUUGCAAGCGUUUACAGGUUUUAAUUCAACUCAGGCAGAGGUUGUGGGCCUCCUCAGGAAAGCUGGGCCUCCUUUGGAAGGGCUGAUUCACCUCUCACACAUCUGCAGGUGAGUGUGUGAUGGCAGCCAGCCCAAAUCCGCCCUGCUGCUUGCUGAUUGCCAGAAAACUAACGAGCAAACAGUUCCGCUUCCGUGCUGCUCCCUCCCCUCCGUCCAGACCUGCAGCCUGCACUGUGCUUGGGACAAUCUCAAGUUUGAGGGGCAGCAGCUGGGCAAGAGCCUGACCCACUGAAGGAGAAUCUGCUGAAAGAGGACUGGAGCACAACGAGGGGAGAUGAGCAUUUCCUCGGAGCAGAAGCCCAUAGGGAAACAGGUCACUGGCAGCCUACAUAUGUUGCCAGCAAUCGUGGAGCUGAAUGUCGGCGGGGAGAUGUACACAACAACACUGAGCACCUUGAAGAAACACCCUGGUUCCAAGCUGGCAGAGAUGUUCACCGGCCAGCACAAACUCAGGACAGACUCAAAAGGGAGGAUCUUCAUUGACAGGCCGGGGACCUACUUCAAAUACAUCUUGGAAUAUCUGCGCAGUAACCAGGUGCCCACCCAGUGCAUCCAGGAUGUCUACAAGGAGGCUUUGUUCUACGACAUCGAACCCUUGAUCAAGCAGCUGGAGGACUCCCCUCAGAUUUUUGGGGAACAAGUGGCAAGGAAGCAGUUCCUGGCCCGUGUGCCCAACUACAGUGAGAACAUUGAGCUGAUGAUCCGCAUCGCACGGGCCGAAGCAGUCGCGUCCCGCUACUCCAGCGUCAUCAUAUGUGUUGUCAAAACGGAGGAAGACGUGGCCAGGUGUCAGGAUGCCUUGAACAGCUUGGACAUGGAUAAAAAAUCCGUGGUGAAAUUUGGCCCCUGGAAGGCAGCUCCAAGUAUUUAUGAUCUACUGGACUGCAUUCAGAUGGACGUGAAAGACAAAGGGUACAAAAUCUCCUUACAUGCUCACGUUGCUGAAAAAGGGUUUCGCUUCAAAUCCCAGGAUUUCUUCCACAUAAUCCAGUUCACCUGGUGGUAGCAAAGUGCCUUUCUUGAUGCAGAAUGGAAGAAACCAAUUAUCAAAACAAAUGAACUUGGGCUGUGGAGACUAAACCCUGGACUACUGGAGGGACAGGAAGAAACGCGUGGGCCCAGAAAUGUCUCUUCUUUGGUUGUUUGCCAAAUUAAAGAACAUUUGAGAGCCACUGUUUUGUUGGGCAUUAACGGUUAACUGUACAGUUUUCAAGGUAUGUGUUCUGAAAUGGGAGCCAGACCUGAAGUUGAGCAAACUGCACUCAACCUAAGAGAAAUGAAUAUGCCCAAAUGUGUCUUGUGGACAUGGAAAGUUGGUCUCUCACUAGAAACAGAAACAAAUUACUACCUCAGAGUCCAGACUUGCUAGUACAGUUAGGAGCAGCACAUGGACAUGUCUCCUACUCUGCCUUAUUUUGAGUCAUAAAUACUGAGAGCUACAGAACCCAUUCACCCUAACCUGCUGUCCUCAGAGCCUUCUCCUCACUGAAUACUUCUCAUAAGUUAGGAUCUGUUAUACGGGGUGCAGCAGUCUGGUCCACAGAUUUAUUCUAGGUAAAGACAGACAGUGUUCUGUCUAUAAAGCACACAGACUAACCUUUAAAUGCUAGCUCACAUCUGCAAUGUUGGAAAAGAAAAACCAUCUUUGAAAAGCAACAGAUCAGAUUUUGAAGUAUUGUUGAGAGAAAAGAGGGGAAUACAUAAGAUCUUUCUUCUGAUUAAUACUUCACUGUUUCUCAUGUAUUGCCAGGCAUGACCUUCUCUGAUGGAAAAAAAUCACAUAUGCACCAUUUCAAGUGGAAUCCCUGAAAGCUGUGUAAAUACAUGCUCAACUUAGAUUUGGAUCUUUAAUGAUCUUAUGAUCUUAUGAUAAUAUCUUUUACGGCCCCUUCCAACUGGGGAUAUCCUAUGAUUCUACAAUUUUAUGAAGAAGAGGUAAAAAUCACUGAUGAGAUGUAACCUAAAGAAACAUACUCCUCUCUCAUGUCACCCUAUUUCAAUCUUUCAUCCUGUGCCAUUCACUGUUAUCACAACACUAUUUUUAAAUGUAUAAGCUUAGGGAAACCCCCCUGUGAUUUGACUGGAAGGAAAUGCUACUGAAGUGAAAGCCUGGGACCCCAGUGGCUAUUCUAAACAGAACAUCAGUUGUUUCCUAAAUUGUGUUUAAAAAAUCUGAGUAUUCCAAAGUUGGUAUUUUGUUUGUUUGUUUUGUAUCUUUUUUCUGAAGACGGCCAUUAAGAUGGUUUUAAUAACUCUGAGAUAUUCAGAAGUCAUCACGGUUAAUUUGAUUAUGGAUGUAUUUCCUCUACAAUGCUCUCAAAUGGUCAGAUCUUUGGGUGGUGCUGUGUGGAACCAGGAGUUGGACUCAAUGAUCCGUAUGGGCCCCUUCCUGCUCGGAAUAUUCUAUGUUUCUCUGAUUUUUUAGUGAUACUGGUGACAAGUUGAAAAGCUUUAUACUCCAAUCCCUUCACAGAUCACUGUAUCCCUAAAAUGUCCACAUGCAGCUAUCCCUGGCUAUGUUACAUGCUGUAUUUCUAACUGCCUCGAGACAGAGACCUGUCAUAGAGGCUCUUUGGUGCUGCUGCUUCUUUCCCCUCUCCUUGAAGGAGACACACUUGAAGGCUGCAUUAUGUGUUUGGCUGUGUCCAAUGCAAAGCUUGCCUUUAAUGUCCCAGAGACACACAAGGUCAGGCUGGACGGGGCUGUGAGUAACCUGGUGGAGCUGUAGGUGUCCCUGUUCACUGCAGGGGAGUUGGACCAGAUGAUCUUUAGAGGAGCUGGGAGUGUUUGGGGGUCACUGCUGCUGGAGGUGCUCAGGUGGGAUGUGGCACUGAGGGAUGUGGUCAGUGGGCAUGGAGGGCAGGGUUGGGGGUGGGCUUGGGGAUCUUAAAGGUGAUUUCUAUCCUUAAUGGUUCUAUGACACGAUGAAGAAUUUUGUCACAACUGAGAAGAGGAGGGAUGGCUCUUCUCUGUGUGUCCGUGUGGU